AUACUGGGCACGCACCUGCCAUGAACGGAAAGAAAUCGCUCAACACACUAAUAUAAUCCACAAAGCACUUCAUCUACAACAGAACUUCAUCUUAACUCCCUAAAAAAUUAUUCUUGAUCUUUUUAGAUUAUUUACUAUAUACAAUGGCUGCCACCGAUCUUCUUGUCCUUACAGGAGCCACUGGUUUCCUAGGAUUCAAAGUCCUGACCAUUGCCCUUGCCGCUGGAUACAAUGUCCGACUUGUAGUCCGAUCCAUCAACAGGGCCAACAAGGUUCUCAACUCGCCGUCUAUCAAGGCUUUGAACCUUCGCGAAGAGAAGCUCUCGUUCGUUGUCGUUAAGGAUAUGGAAGCUCCAGGUGCUUUCGACGAGGCAGUCAAGGGAGCAACGUAUGUGAUUCAUUGUGCUUCUCCAAUCCCCAGCUUUGGCGGCGAAGCCGCUCCUACGCCCGAGCAAUAUGACGAGUUCUUCGUUCAGGCUGCUCGCCGAUCGACCAUCGGGCUUCUUGAAAGCAGCCAAAAGGCCGGUACUAUUAAGCGCAUCGUGAUUACCAGCUCUCUUGUCGCUAUCACUCCUUUCCAUUACUAUCUUGGUCAGGGGGACGACAAGACUUUCGACGCCGAGCACCGAAUUCCUUUAGACCAAGGCCCCUAUGGUUUUGAGUUUCAAGCCUACAGCGCCAGUAAAGCGGCUGCUCUGAAUGAUUCUGAGACUUGGGUCAAGGAAAAGAAGCCAAGUUUCGACCUGGUCAGCAUCGUUCCUGGAUGGAUCUUUGGUGCUGAUGAGCUGGCCACUAAGGUUCAAGACUUUGAGUCCAGCUCUACAAACUCAGUUCUGCUGGGUUUCCUCCGAGGUGGCCAGUCCGAUAUUCCAUCAAACAGCAAUGCGGUUCUGGUUGACGACGUUGCUCAGAUUCACGUAUUGGCUCUCGAUCCCAAGGUCCCUGGCAACCAGGCAUUCGUGGCUGCAGCAGAUGGGGUUAAUGGUAUGGUGUGGGAACAUGGCAUCAAUGUUCUGAAGGAGAAUUAUCCGGAGGCAAUCGCACAGGGACUCGUCAAGACGACUGGAAAGCAGCCAACCAUUACUAUUCGCGUUGAUGCUAAGAAGACUGAGGAGACUUUUGGUAUCAAACUUGCCGGGUUUGAUCAGCAAGUUAAGAGUUUGGUGAACCAGUGGAUUGAGGUUGCUAAGGCUUGAGGAGUGUAACUAAACUAAACCAUUCUAGAGUUUGCGUAAACUUGAAUAUCAAUACUUUGCAAUAGUCUUCUCC